AUGAAGCCCAGAAGGUAUCACGGUCUGAAACGACCAAAACUUCGGCAAAGUUGGAACAAAUAUAACCUCUUCAACAUAUGGCGUGCCAGGGACCCAAAGCUCGGAAAAGGCGACCACGAGACUUUCUUCCAGCAAAAAUGGAAGGCAAAGGGUAUGCUACGAAACUACCACGGUGAACACGUCGUCGAGCGGAAGUGGGUGCGCAUGUUCAGUCGCCGCUUGUUAAGUGUCGCCGAGAUGGACCCCAAGUAUAUGGCCAAGCAUGACGGUUCCGAAUUGGCUGCAGGUAGAGGUUCUGGCAAGGACAUACCACCGAAUUGGUCGGAAUCCCAAGUAACGAAACCUAUUCCGACCCCCUACAUGCAGAUGACAUUUGCGCCUAUGGAGAGGAGAUUGGAUAUCGCUGUUUUCAGAGCUAUGUUCGCAAGCAGCGCAAGACAGGCAAGACAAUUCUGUGUUCACGGCGCUGUUAAGGUCAAUGGCAAAGUGAUGCCAUACCCCGCCUACCGUCUUAAUCCCGGCGACAUGUUCCAGGUCGAUCCCGAACGUGUCCUAUAUGCAACUGGAAUCCCAAAACCCGAUCCAAACAAGUCGAAGGGCAAGAAAGCUUUGACCGAAGGUGCUGAGGAAGAAUCUGAGGAGCCAGUAGAGCAAGAGGCAGAGGCAGAGGAGGAGGUGCAGGCAGCCGCCGAAGAAGAAGUUACCGAAGCCAAAGAAGCAGAGGCGGUAGAGCAAGACCCCGAUACAACCGAUGCGCCAGAGCCGGCCAAGGUAGAUAUGAAGCCGACGCAGAAACAAAUACAGGAAAUAGUUCAACAAGCCAAAGCUAUACUAAACGAGGAUAGCGAUCUUGGUGCGCACCAGAAGCAACGGCUACGGAAGUUUAUCAAGGAUAUACGCCCUCUGACCUCUCGCGCCAGCCGCCCUGAUGCCUCCGCGAAAGAUAUCACUUCCGAGCUCUCGGAUCUAGUCACGGGGCUCAAUAUAUCCGACUCCUCUAGCGAGGAAGCCCCGGUUGCAAAAGAACAGUCUUCCUCGACAGGUACUAUCAACGACCUUAGUAGAUACGAGCUCGGAGAACUAAACCGGCGCAUGUCUGCAUAUCUGCGCGAGAUGGAAGAAAACCCAUGGGACCCUAGCAAGCCGUACAAGACACCUUGGCGGCCGCGCAACUACAUGGCGCCCUUCGCCUUCAUUCCCAAAUAUCUCGAAGUCAACCACAACAUCUGCGCCGCCGUCUACCUACGACAUCCCGUCGCAAGGGUCGGCAGCGCUGAGGUCCCAACGCCCUUCCCCGAACCCGUCAACCAGCUAGCUUUCAACUGGUACCUGAGAAGAAGGUAA